UUGCUGUCCUCUACAAAUCGCCCAGCUACUGUCAUGUCAACGUACUAUCGCCGAUUCGGACGUUUUGCAAGUGCGUCCACUAGUGAGAGCCAUCAACGCCAACUUGGAGCACCGGUCAGCAAAUGGAAACGAGAAUGGGUCGCUCCCGAGGGACUUCCAGCCGAGAGCUCCUACAAGAUCUUCAAAUGGGUCAGGACAGACGUCAAGGCUCAAUUCUCCGGUAUCGAUGAACCAUCAGAGGCUGCUGACUAUACUCCUGCCCCUGAAGGCCAUGGCGAAGACGAGGGAGAAGUCCUUGAAGAGGAUGACGAAGGCGUUCAGGAAAUAGAUGACGAAGGGGAAGCUGAAGAUGGCGAAAACAAGCCCCUUGAACUUGAGCGUUCAAGCCCUCAGUCCAGAGCCGGAAGCGAUGGUCGUUCGAAAUCCCAACGAAAACCAACGGGCAGCCCCGAAGCACAACUUACACCACAGUCGGUGCAGCUGCCCCCAGAUUCCAGCCAUGCGUCUCCCAAACACGCAGAAGACAUCCAUGAGGCAUCUGAGGCUCCAAGUGAGUCUGUGCUUGAACAUAAUGUUUCACAGCGAGAGGAGUCAUUCGCUGGACCUAGCGCCACAACGGACGAAGUUAGCCAUGAUGCUCCUAUCCCUCCCCAUCACCAAAUUCCAGUCAAUGCCGUCGAAGUCGCCAAUAUCCCGCCCAAUGAAAAUGAAGUGGGAAAGGGUUCAUUGGGGGAAGCAGGAAGGUCUGGAAUUGAAGUACGGCAAGCGGAACACAGCGAUUCUGCGGGGACUCUGAUGGGAGAGGAGAAGAUGGAUGUUGAUGGCCCAGUGGCUAAAGAAGACGAAGGAUUGGUUCACGGAGAAAUGGAGCCCCCUGUACCAGAGCUGGCUGUCGAGGGAGUAGACGAGCCUGUGGAAGUGGAGCAGGAAUAAGGUCGCUGCUCAAAAAGCCAUUUUAACAGACUGGAUGAAUCAGUCUGUGCGUACGAGUUGCUAGAAAUGCGUUCGUACCCAUUAUCGACAAACGACUAGAACGAACAGUCUGUUCCUUCAACGUACUCGGGUGGACCCUAACAUAAUCAAUCUUUUAGUAAUUAAUUGUUUGCUGAUGUGUCGUAAUGUCCUUGGGAGCUUACAACUCGUACUAUAUGGUUACCCAUGUGUGCGGAAUCCAUAAAAAUAAGCGCUCAUUUUGACUGCUGUACCGCUCGGUGGGAGCAGACAUGUUAUGAGUCUGUCCAGGAUCUGGACUGUUUCCUCACCGUUUACAACAAUGGUAUCGUUCAAUCACAGCCGCAACAGGGUACACAAGGCAGCAUGGAAGCAGCAUUAUACAGUAGAUGUUCUUAUACUUAUGACAGGCAAAUAUGGUUGUUAAAGAUGAA